GUUCAGGCUUGACUCUCCUCUUCCUCUCCCCGGUGAUGUCGUCUCUUCUGAGGGAGGAGAUGCAGAGAGUUUUAUUCCGACCUGCGAAACAGAGACUGGUGGAAUUUAUUGAGAUUGAAGAGCCGCAGCAGGGACGACAUUUCCUCUGUGUCUCAGUUGCAAAAAACAAAGUGGUGCAGUUAUCUAUAGUACAAUGUCAGAUAUGUCAGAAACCCAGAAAGUCUGGAUCCAAGAGGUCCCACACCAAGCGCUCCAGCAUCCAGGACUGCUACAGGAGGAGGGAGACCUGGUCCCUGUACGACCUGACUCUUGUUGACGGACGGGACCCUGAUGUGGAUGACCCCUGUUUCCUGCUGCACUUUGACAAGGUGCGUACAGUGAGGGCCGUCAGCUGCUCGGCCAAAUACUCUUUUGUGCGUGCCCUGGUUGCCGUGUGCGACCAGCACUGUCAGACGUCACUGAACCUGCUGAACUUUGAUUGGGCCUACAUCAAGCCCACGUCCUUCUACUCCAAUAGAGGAGACUGUGUUGUUCUGUCACAGAUAUGCUUUUAUGCAUUAAAUUUGGUAUGUCUGUCCAUGUGUCCGGUGCCACUGGAUGCAUAA